AUGGAGGCGGAGCAGCAAAAGCAGCAGCCCCAGCGCCCGCGCCCGCGCCGCAAGGGGCAGAAGCGGAAGUUGGAGGACGAGGCAUCCGCCGCCGCCGCCGCCGCCGCGGCCUCGCUCGGCAGCGCAGGCGCCGACGAUGACAACGAGGAGGAGGACGGCUCGGCGGGCACCCCCGAGAUCUGCUGCCGCCACUCCCACGCAGCGCUUGCCCGCGAGGAGGUUGUCAACGUGAUUGUAGAGGGCGGCGCUGUGGCGGCCUUGGUGUGCCACCCAGAAGAGCCUGCUGUGGCGGCGCCAACGCAGGAGGAACAACAACUGCGUCCGUUUGAGCAUGAGGUUGAGAAGGGCGCUGCCUUCGCUCUGGGCCUCCUAGCUGUGAAGCCUGAACAUCAACAACUUAUAGUUGAUGCUGGUGCACUACCUCCUCUAGUGAAACUCUUGAAAAGGCAGAAAAAUACUACAAAUUGA